CGCUAGGCGCGGGGCGCGGCCCGGCCGCGGGCAGGCGGCGUGCGGGCGGCGGCCAUGGCGCUUUCGGCCGUGCAGCAGGUGCUGGUCUCGGCCGUGCUGGUGCUCUGCGUCUUCGUCGUCAUGCCCAGGAUGUUCGGGGGAGGAGGCGGCGGGCGGCCCGGCCGAUCCCGGGGCGGCAAGGCCGGCCCCGGCCAUUACGAUCCCCGCCUGCAGGGCAGAGGUAGUCCUCAGACAGUUUUGCAAGUGCACCGGAAUCCAGGAAAUUCUGACAGUAAUACCUACCAGAGUAUUCAACAGAUGAGAAAUGCAAUGGAAAAAGAGAUAAAAAGUGAGAGAACAAGAGGAAAUGGUCGAGAGUUAGCAUUCACCCUCAUGCCGUUGUAUGCUCUUGGAGUGGGAAUGUUUGCAGUCUACAAACUUCUUAAGAUGAAGUCACAUGAAGAAAGUCAGUCCAAAAAGGAAAAGAGUACAGAAGACAAGGCGAAGGAAACAGAGCAUCAGCUUUUAGAACUGGAGCAACACCUAGCUCAGACAGAGAAAAUGUUAAAUUCUUUAUUGACUCAGUUGGAUCCACUUUCAAACUGUGUCAAUGCUUUAGCGUGUGAGCAGAAAGAUGAAAUAAUGACACAGCUCCAAUCAAUUAGACGACUGAUGAAAGAAAGUGGAUUGGAUAAAUCAGAAAACAAGAUGAAAGAUUUUGGACACAUUUGUGAUGAGAAACUUGAAGAUCUCAUUCAGUCAUUUGCCGAACAUUCUCAAGAGAAAGAAAUGGACAACAGAGAAGAUGAAUGUAAUGAAGAUUUACUUGAGGAUAUUGAUAAUGAUUACAAAAUAGAAGAGCACGAAUUACAUGGUGAAUGUGAAAUACAUCAUUUGGAGGCAGAUGUUGUGGAAGAUGAAGAAAUGAUAAGCAAAGAUGUCAUUGAAUCAGAAGAGAUGGGACUGAGGAGACGCAAUAGAUAUGAAUGGAAUCUGCAUAUGUAAAAGUUCUAAAAGCUUAUGAAAUCUUUUUAUAAUGUUGUAUGCACUUUAAACUGAAAUGAAGUUAUGUGCACUGCUAUAUGCUUUAAAAAGAGGGGUGAAAUACUGCCUUUGCUUGUAUCUAUGACAAUUCUGUAACUGACUUCAGUGGCAGCAGAAUUUUACUCAGGAUGUUUACAUAUUUUUUCUAUUUAUUUUUUCCCUAUAAAAAUAUUUCUGUACUCUGUAUAUAAUGCACUGUAAUUAUAUCUGAUGCUUCACUAAAAUUUUAGAAUAUCGUCUUGAGACUAGAAAGAACAGGUGUUCCAUAAAUGUUUGUGGGAACCCAGGACAUCCCUCUGGCUGCCCUGGCUGUCUCAAGACCCUGUCAGGGGGCUCAGAGACCUUGGCACAAAGUCAAAAACACCUGUGGCUUUGAUUUUAGCCCGUGGAAAAAACUUCCAACUUUGUAUGAAGAAUUACAAGCCACAAGGAAUUGAGUAGUGUGGUAGUUGAAUUAACACAGGGUGAAAAAGUAGAAUUUUAGGGUUUUAAAAUAAGGGGUUUAAGGGGACAGGAUGGAUGGAUUUGGGCAUGUCCUGACCUUCUUCUUCUUGUUGCCUUCCAUGUCUUGCUGUGAUGGUGACACUUUUCUAUUGGUUUAAGGUAGAGACACACUGUCCAACAUAAUGAUAGAUACUGGCACGUUAUUGUAAACAUAGUAAUGUAGUUUUUAGUAUAAAAGGUAACACCACCCCAAGAGGGGUUGGAGUCUGUCGCAGGCUGACCUGCUAGACAGAGCUCAGCUCCUUGAGAAAGCAUGUUACAGAUAAAAGAAAAUAAACAACCUUGAGAAGCUGA